AUGGAUUCCAAAGUGGAACGCCUCCUAAUGUUCUGCUUGAUAGGAGUAAGCCUUAAGGACAACCGAUUUCUUUCUUUGAGAAAACGGACUACAUUGAAAAGCCUAUUCCAGAAGAGGUGUUUGGGAAGGCUUUGGGAAAGGUUGUACGAAGAAGUUGGGGCCGCGACUUUCCAGCUAUUCCCUUUCGGGGCGAAAAUGAGUAAGAUUUCAGAAUCUGAUAUUCCAUUCACACAUCGGGUCGACAACCUCUAUCAAUUUACAUAUCUUGUAAGGUGGGAUGAAGAUGGGAAUGUUACAAUAACCAAAAGGCAUUUGAAUUGGACUAGAAGUGUUUAUGGUUACAUGACUCCUUAUGUGACGAACAAUCCAAGAGGUGCAUAUCUUAAUUCUAGGGACCUUGACCUAGGAAGGAACAACAAUAAUGGCACCGCGCAAGCAAGCACUUGGGGAAGAAGUUAUUUCAAGGAUAACUUCGACAGGCUAGUUCAUGUGAAGACUAAGGUUGAUCCAACUAAUUUCUUCAGGAAUGAACAAAGCAUCCCACCCCUUCCAUCACGGGAAAAGGAAAGAGGUGACUAG